AUAAAUUAAAGAACAAAGUAGUCCGAGUGGUGAAUCAAAGAUUUGAGUUUCUCAAAUGUCUCAGCUUCACGUUUCCCUUCUUCACCCUCCUUACAUCUCUGCCGUGCAGCUUUUUCGUCAACCAACCGGCCUCCCCUCUCUCUCUCACUCUCAACUCAACUAAACCCAUCGUCUCUUGUCCUCUCACCGUCGUCAGAUCUCGUUUAAGCGAACCCGGUGAGGAUUCUUUUUCAGAUAUUACGCCACAAUAUGAAUUGAGUAAGACACAAGACAAACAGAAACCACAAAAGCUAGCGAAUGGCAUAUUCUUGAUCAUACUUACCAAUCUUGCCAUAUUUAUGGCUGAACACUUCUAUCAGGUUCGCUGGAUCAAAUCUUUGUAUUUGUAUAGUGAUUUUCCGGUAUGGUAUCAGUUUGUGACCGCAGCUUUCUGUCAUGCUAACUGGAACCAUCUCUCCAGCAAUCUGUUUUUCUUGUACAUCUUUGGAAAGAUUGUUGAAGAAGAAAUAGGAUCC